UAUUUAAUCUUCACCUUUUUCAUAUUAUUGAUAUCCUGCAUUAGCAAAGAAUCGCAUUGAUAUAUUCUGGUUUAGGAGCCUCAUGUAGCCAAUGAGAGUCCUCUCCACGCCUCCCUCUCUGUUCUGGGCGAAAUAUUUGACGUGGCAAGAAGUCCGGUAGUGACACAGCUGCUCGUCAUCGCCUCUCCUCCUCCUCGGCUCCGUGAUAUUCAAACCUCCGCAGGUAAACCACCCGUCAGACAGAGGAACCCGCUGCUGCUCACGGCGGCCUGUCCCGGGAGAAGAAGAAUGUGGCUGAUCGUGCUGGCCUCCUUCCUUCACUGCGCCUCGGCCUAUGAUGUAGAUCUGCAGAAGCUGGACGGGCUGGCCAAAGCCAGGGUGGAGACAUGUGGUGGAUGACAACUGAAUAGACUCAGAGAGGUCAAAGCCUUUGUGAUGCAGGAUAUUCCUCUUUACCAUAACCUGGUGAUGAAGCACAUUCCUGGGGCUGAUCCUGAGCUUGUCCUCCUGAACCACUACUAUGAAGAACUAGAUCGGAUAGCUCUGACUGACAUGACCCGCUCUGAGAUCAACGAGCUGCUGGAGAAACUGGGUUUCUACAAGAAAGCUCAACCAGAAGACGAGGUGCCGGAGGAGUUCCGCUUCGCUCCCGCCAAAGACAGCCCGUUCAAAGACGAGCGCCCGUUCAAAUCAUCCAUGUCCACUGUAGAUACAGAGAACGCCUCCUCAGAGUCUAAUCCAGAGGUCAAGCACACCGACCUAUAACCGCCAAGAACUGGCAAAAAUAGAAACGGUCCCUCUGGGCCGCUCCACAACCAGCAGAUUAUCAUAGUUCGCUCAUGAGGAAAAACAAGGGAAACAACCACACAGGCUCUUUUCUAGUCGAGACAUUUUUUUCUACCCCCUUUUUUUUUUUUUUUUAGAA